AUGGGAAACACAAACUCGCAUCCCAAGCACUUGGGUGCCUUAACGUCGCCAAAAGGUCUAGGGAAUGUUGUUACUAUCGUUAUCUUCGCAAUUCUCAGCAUCGUCGCUGUCGGCUUGCGAAUCUGGAGUAAAGUCGUCAUUAGGCGUGCUUUCCGGGCUGAUGACUAUUGCAUAUUCGCUGCUCUACUUUUCUGGUUGGGGUUUGUCGUGUGUGAAAUUAUGGCUGUCGUACCAGGAGCAUUAGGCUUUCAUGUUGAAGAAGCUAUCAAAUAUUUGGGACCUGAUUCACUUACUGUUACCUUGAAAGCUUUCCUUGCUUCAUCUCCAGUAUGGAUUAUCUCCACCAGUUUGGUGAAAAUCUCGAUUUUAUCUUUUUAUACAACUAUCUUUCCUGCCAAGACGUUUCAUCUUAUCGUCAACUCGAUUAUUGCUUUGAACGCUGUGUACUGCGUGGGCUACAUCUUUGCAUCUUUGUUCAUAUGCACACCAUUUGCUUUCAAUUGGGAUAAAACCUUAACAAAUGGAAAAUGCGGCGACACGAUUCAGCUGGAGAUUAGCUCUGCAUCAAUCAAUAUGAUCUUUGAUCUUAUAGUUGUCUUUCUUCCCAUGCCGACUUUAUGGAGACUCAAGAUGGCUGUGAGUAAGAAGCUAUUUGUUAGCUUCAUCUUAGGUCUUGGAUUAUGCAUUUGCGUCAUGAAUAUAACUCGUGUUGUUCUCGAGACGCGUCAGGACAAUAUCGACUUUACAUACGGGUUGGUGUAUGCGGGUCUUUUCGCUGGCUUGGAAAAUGGCAUAGGCAUCAUCGUGGCAUGCCUACCAACCUAUGGACCUUUGAUACGAGGGCGAACAAAAGGAUUCAACAGUGCUGAGUCUGAAAGCUACAUGCGCAAUCGCAAAAACUCCUAUUUUCAGAGAAAGACGAAAGAAUCUUAUACAACUAACAUGGCCUCAUUCGACGAAGAAGGCUUUGAAAGAUUGCAUGAAAAUAUGGACGGUGUUCCACUGAAGAGUCUGCAGAACGGAGGAGUAGGAGCCCAGCGUUCUGCAUGGGUAGCCGUUGACUCCCGCAGUAAUAAAUCAUCCCUGAACCUUGGUGAAUCUGAAGGUAUCGCGGUAAAGACCGAGCUUAAAAUGACGAGCUCAGGAGGGCCAUAA